GUUUUAGGUCAAAACAAAAGAUUUUUGGCCUAUGAAGCAGUAAUCGUAUGUUUUUACAAACUAUUUUAGGACCUUUCUAUUGUAUUCAGUGUGCAAAAAAAGACAAAACAAAGUCCAGAUUCUUUAACAAUGCUUCCAAUCAUUCUACAAAGAUACAUUUUAUUUUUCUUUGUUUUUAAUUUGCUACGGGUAUGAAAUUACUGUAUUAAAUGUUCCUCCAUUAAAAGGUUAACAGUAGGUAAAAACACUGUUUAUUUCCACCCAGUACUAAGCACUCCUUUUGUGCAACUAAAAACUGUUGACAAGUGUGUGGAAAUGUUGUAAAAAACACAAUAGAAAAUAGAAAAAUGCCUUAAAAAACCCGUGAUUAUUUAAUUUAUAGUAAUUGCCAGCCCAUCACAUUGGAACUGUCUGUAUUUAGUUAAGGACAAUAUAAUAAUUAAUCUAAAGCUAAACAGAGUGUAAAGAGAGGUGUAAACAUCAAUCCUAAUUCUAAUUAUUGAAUGAUCAAUGUCAAGGUUUGAGUGUCAUUUCAGAUUUUUCCCACAUUUUUCUAGGGUUUAUGUCUAAUUCAGGUGUUUUGAUAAUAUGGGCUUGUAGAAGCCCAUUGAUUUUCUGACAAAUAUUGUGCCCUGUAAUGAGUAGUAGUAGUAGUAUGUUAAUAUAGUAAUGUUAGUAAUAAUGUGUGAAUAGACCUUGACACAACUUAAUGAAUACAUUUUUACGACGCAAAACUUUUGACUGCCAAAAAUCCGUACAUCUUUUAUUUUGAAAAACAUCGAUGCGGAAGUAACAGCACGGUGAUCACGAUAACGAAGCGAUGUCUCAGGCUGGCAGACUGCCCUUCCUCCUCCCCCUCUUCGCGUGUCUCCUCGUGCUGCCAUCUCUGUGUGGCUGUCAUCCAUGGCCUCCUGGGUCCAUCAGGUCAACACUCAGGACUCAAUCCAAUCAUACUGCCGGGAAAGGCUCGACAAUAGCGGCGGAGGUAGCAGGCUACGCUGAUGUGGCCAAACAAAUUAUUGACCUGGCUGUGUUUGGAGGUGCCCAGAACCGCUCCCACAGACGGCUGGCCCACUUCACAGACACCAUAGGGAACCGUGUCAGUGGCUCACACAGCCUAGAGAUGGCUAUCAAAUACAUGUACAAUGCUAUGGCACAGGAUGGAUUGGACGUACACUUAGAGCCAGUCAAAAUUCCACAUUGGGUGAGAGGGAAGGAGAGUGCAGAAAUGAUUGCACCCAGGGCCAAAAGUCUUGCUAUGCUGGGACUAAGUAGCAGUGUAGGGACACCACCUGAGGGUAUUGAGGCAGAGGUGUUGGUGGUUCAGUCUUUUGAGGAGCUGAAGCAUAGAGCCAGCGAGGCCAUGGCAAGGAUUGUGGUAUUUAACCAACCAUUUGUUAGCUACGGGGAGACAGUGGCUUACCGUGCUUAUGGGGCUUCUGAAGCAGCCAAAGUCGGAGCUGUGGCCACACUUAUUCGAUCUAUUACUCCGUUUUCUAUUAACAGUCCCCACACAGGUUUGCUGUACUACCAAGAUGGAGUGAAGCGCAUCCCUUCAGCCUGUAUCACUGUGGAAGAUGCUGAGCUAAUGUGGCGCAUGGCACAGAAAGGGCAGAGGAUCGUGGUCCGACUCACAAUGGCAGCCAAGACUCUACCAGAUGCUGACUCCUUCAACACAGUGGCUGAGAUUAGAGGCUGGCAACACCCUGAGCAGGUCGUCUUACUGAGCGGCCAUUUGGACAGUUGGGAUGUGGGCCAAGGCGCCAUGGAUGACGGAGGUGGUGUCAUGAUAUCCUGGGAGGUCUUGUCACUCAUGAAAGACUUGGGUUUGCGUCCUAGGAGGACCCUGCGGACAGUGCUGUGGACAGCUGAGGAGCAAGGGGGGGUCGGAGCACAGCAGUACUAUGCUCAACACAAGGUUAACAUGUCCAACUUUGACCUGGUCAUGGAGUCUGACUCGGGGACAUUUACACCAGUGGCUCUGCAGUUUACCGGCAGUGAUGCAGCACAAAAGGUCAUGGCAGAAGUGGUCAAACAUUUGGCUCCCAUUAAUACGACCAAACUGGAGACACCCGCAGAAGGGACAGACAUCUCACCGUGGAUGCAGGCAGGAGUACCAGGUGCUAGCCUGCAUGUGGCAGGCAGUCGAUAUUUUUGGUUCCACCACAGCGAAGGUGAUACGAUGACGGUUCAAGAACCUCAAGACAUGAACCUCUGCUCAGCAUUGUGGGCUGUGGUUGCCUACGUCGUGGCAGACUUGCAGGACAUGUUGCCGAGGUAACCGGUUAGCUCAUAGAAUGCUGCGUGGACAGGAAAACCGGUUGUUCACAUUUAAAAAAGAGAAAAGGGAUACAAAAUGUCAUAGCUUGGGGACCUUGUCUCCUGACUAUCUUGAAUGUAAAACAGUGAACAAUAUGCUUUUUGAAAGGUUUGGAAAAAAAAAAAGCAACACAUUAUAAUGCUAUGAGUAUUUAUUCUUAGCUUCAGAAUGGGAAACAAAUUGCAUAUAUUUUUUAAGUUAAAAGCUUACUUUUCUAAUGCUGGUAUACUGACCAACACAAUACAACAAUCAAUCAACAAUCAAUCACAAAGAACUCGUAUGAGUCUGUGAGUGUCAAGAAAUAAUGGAGCUGUCCAAAUUCCCAAUGUCAGUUUCCGGUGUUACAACCUCAGGUUUUUUUUUUAUUGAUUUGUGUGCGUCUCUGAUUGUUGUGGUAGAGGUCUAAAGUAUUGUAAUUUCUACCUUCGUCGGGUUAACUGAGGACAUUUCCUUCCCCAUACCACGUUUACAAGAUGUGUUACAAGAAAGUGUUGAAAAUAAUA